CGGAAAUUGGUUUGUGCUUUACUUGCAUGAUGUGAUUUCCGUCUUUCGUGAAUGUGAAAGCGAGAAAAAAAAACCAAUAAACAUUGCUAAAGAUGAGCUCAAAGACAAAGAAAAAAGAAGGAGGAGGUGAACCACUGCAUGACUUAGAACAGCAGUUUAUUUUACGCCUUCCACCGGGAUCUGCUAUGGCCUUACGAAGAGAGGUUCAAUCAGGGUCCAUGACACUUAAAGAUAGAAUAAGUAUAGAACUGAACCAGGACCAUAGACAUGGUGCCGUUAGAUAUGGAACAGAUAUAUUUCAUGCAAAGCUGAUGGAUUUGCCUUGUGUAAUAGAAUCUUAUAAAACCAUUGAUAACAAAACAGCUUAUAAAACUGCAGAUUUAUGUCAGAUGUUGUUAUGCACAAAUGAUGAAGAACCGAUGUCAGAUGAAAAUGAUAGUCCAAAGAAAAAAGACAAAGAUAAAAAGUACCAAUAUAUUCAUGGAAUUACUCCACCUUUGAAAAACGUGAAGAAAAGAAGAUUCAGGAAAACGUUAAAGAAAAAGUACAUGGAACAACCGGACAUUGAAAAAGAAGUAAAGCGACUGUUUAGACAGGAUGCCGAGGCUAUUGAUGUUAAAUGGGAGUUAAUCACCGAGGAAGAUAAAGCAUCAUCAAGUCAGACAAAAGGAGGAAGUGACAAACCGCUGAUACACAGAUCUGAUACAACCACUAGUCUAGAUUAUGCUAUAUUUGGAGAAUUAAGCAGUUCAGAUGAAGACGAUGAAAAAGAUGUGAACAUCAUGGAUAGUGGAGAAGAUGAGAUGUCUCGAAGCAGUUCCUUUAUCCCUCGACAGACAUCGUAUGCGAGUCUUGACAUGGCUAAUUCUGAGAGUCAGGAUGGCAUGAACAAUGAUACAGAAUCAGCAGAGUUAGCCGGUAAAUUGACUGAGCUAAAAAGACAGGUUGAGGAGAUCAGGAGACGUAGACAGUCACAAGAAGACAGAGUGGCAACAUUAGAAAAUCCCAUGUUAAAGCAAACUAUGCAGGAAAUGUUGAAUAAAACAAUUAAAGAGGAGGAUGAGAAAGGCAAAGAGUUUGAAAUAUUAUCAUCAAUGUUGGGCUGAGAAGAUUGACCAGUAAGAUGUUAGUGAAGAACAAAUAUGAUAACAUAGCACUAAAUUGGCAUUGCUAGCCAUAAAUGUAACUGCUUUCAAGAAACAGUUUUGACAAUGUUGUUGUAAACAUACAUGUACUUAUCUACUAUUGGAAGCAGAGGUCUCACCUCACAAUGAGAAGAAAGUUAAAAUGGAUUGCUAUGAUUAAGUCCAUUUUCUUUGUGGCAAGAUCUGUGGUUAGGACCCAAAGUUUCCGUGUUGCCUGAAAGCAAAGCUGUAUUGACAAAUCUGGAUCGUGUUUGCUGGAUCUGUGUCAUCACUCCAGAUUUUAGGAUGGUGCAGAAUUCUAAAUUUAGGACAUACUAGGCAAUUAAUGAUGUUUUUUACGUCUUAUACACAACAGCCCUUGUGGAUUUUACUUUUUCCACCUGCCCACAAUGGACAGCCCACCUGUGCCCACUCUAGCUGUAUUCUCUUUUUUUUGUAAAAAUAUUGAUUACAAAUGCUUAUCGGCUUUUUAUACGACCGCAAAAAAUUUUUUGUGGUCGUAUAUUGGUAUGACGUUGGCGUCGUCGUCGUCGUCCGAAGACACAUUAGUUUUCGCACUCUAACUUUAGUUUAAGUGUAUGGAUCUCAAUGAAAUUUUACCAUAAGGUUCAAUACCACAAAAGGAAGGUGGGGAUUGGUUUUGGGGGUUAUGGUACCAACAGUUAAGGAAUUAGGGGCCAAAAAUAAGCAUUUUUGUAACUUCCAGACAUAACUUGCGUGUAAGUGUAUGGAUCUCUCUGACAUUGUACCACAAGGUUCCAUAUCACAAAGGGAAUGCUGGGGUUGAUUUUAGGGGUAAUUGCCUCCAAAUUUUAGGAAUUAGGGGCCAAAAAGGGGCAAAAAACAAGCAUUCUAGUUUCAUGACAAUAACUUGUGUGUAAGUCUAUGGAUCUCUCUGACAUUGUAUCACAAGGUUCCAUAUCACAAAGGGAAUGCUGGGAUUGAUUUUGGGGGUAAUUGUCUCCAAAUUUUAGGAAUAAGGGGCCAAAAAGGGGCAAAAAACAAGCAUUUUUCUAAUUUCAUUUGUACUACAAGGUUCCAUAUCACAAAGGGAAUGCUGGGAUUGAUUUUGGGGGUAAUUGUCUCCAAAUUUUAGGAAUUAAGGGCCAAAAAGGGGCAAAAAAACAAGCAUUUUUCUAGUUUCAUGACAAUAACUUGUGUGUAAGUGUAUGGAUCUUUUAUGAAAUUGUACUACAAGGUUCCAUAUCACAAAGGGAAAGCUGGAAUUGAGUUUGGGGGUAAUUACCCAAAACGUUUAGGAAUAAGGGGCCAAAAAGGGGCCAAAAAUAAGCAUUUUUCUAGUUUCCAGACAAUAACUUGUGUUCAAGUGUAUGGACCUUUCUGAAAUUGUACUGCAAUGUACCAUAUCACAAAGGGAAGGCUGGGAUUGAUUUUGGGGGUAAUUCCCUCAAAAUUUUAGUAAUUAGGGGCCAUAAAAGGGCAAAAAAACAAGCAUUUUUCUAGUUCCAGGACAAUAACUUGUGUGUAAGUGUAUGGAUCUUUAUGAAAUUGUACUGCAAGGUACCAUACCACAAAGGGAAAGCUGGGUUUGAGUUUGGGGGUAAUUGCCCUAAAUGUUUAGGAAUUUGGGGCCAAAAAGGGGCCAAAAAACAAGCAGUUUUCUAGUUUCCAGACAAUAACUUGUGUUCAAGUGUAUGGAUCUUUCUGAAAUUGUACUGCAAGGUACCAUACCACAAAGGGAAGACUGGGAUUGAGUUUGGGGCUGAUGAAUCAUAAGGGGGUUCAAAAAAUUUGGGG